CUGAUUUGUUGCUACUAUUUGUGUGAAGAGAGUUAAGCCACGGUUUUAGGAAAUCGUGGUUCAUCAAAUGCUGCAAAUGGGAGUCAAGAGAUGUGAACACAGGAGUAAACUAUUACGAGGCUUUUAGGAGAAAAAUGACUGCUUAUGUGUUUGUUCUGCCCGCUAUGUUCAUUUAUAGUUAACAUCUGUAUAGCCACAAUGGUAACUUCCAGAUUACCCGUUUUCUUUUAUUUAUUCCAAGUGUUUUAGUUCACAUUAUGGCUUUUACUUUAAGGCUGAUUUGAAGAAACUUUGACCUUUGAGAUGAUUAAAGAAGGGCCAGUUUGAGUUUUUUGCCACGCCUUUUUUUUGUUGUUUUUUUUUCCUGUACUGAUUUAUUGCUGUUAAGUUUACAAACUGUACAGUGAACAUAAACACCAAUAAAAGAUGGAUUUAUGUUAAAACUGCUGUUUGUGAUGUGAUGUCUUAGCAGGAUCUUCCUGUGGUUAGUUAUUGCAUAUUGUAUUCAAACAGCAAUUUACCUGAAGAGGUAUGCAUCGGUUGACGUUAGCAAACAGAUUUUUUGCAAUUGUGCACCGAUUGCACGUUUUGACCCUGAGGUUUGGUGCAUUGCGCAUGCUCGCUAGAAUAAUAUACCGAUGACAUUGUUGUUGUUGGAGUGAAAAUAACUGCUCAGCAAGAGACUACAAUUUCAUGUUGGAAACUGAAGCUGAUCUGGAGAUCUUGGGUAUUGCACAUUACUAGUAAGUCAUCAGCGUAACGCCUGAAGCUAAUAUAAAUGAACUGGAAAAGACUUGAGAAUAAACAUCCACAUUUCUUUAGACAUGAAAUAACUUUCAUGAUCUCAGUUUAGAGUGAAAAUCAGCUACAGUGUAUACUAAUGAAACCAGAUGUUUACACUGGUUUAAAAGUUAGAUAAUAGUUUUUUUAUGUUUGUCUGUGUGAAUUGGGGGCACAUUAAUAGGGUGUCCUUCGACAGGGACAACUUUUUUUUUUAUUAUCUAAACUAUCAAUUAUACAAAAAAUAUUUUGGGAAUCAGGCACAUUUGACUGUAUAUUUCUCUCCAAUACUUGGUAUUAAAAACUUACUUUUGCAUCUUCCGAAAGAUGAAUCGGCUCAAAACGGAGCCGAUUCAUCAAGAUACGUAUAAAGUAACAAUGUAGACAGAGGUUGCAAGAGUUGGGCCAGGACAAGACAGUGGGGGCAACAUGUUAGGAACAAAACAUAAAACUCAUAAACGCCAUCAAGUCUCACAGGAAAGUUGGUUCUGGGUGAUUAGUUAUUGUUUCUUUGCCUUCCAGAGUUGAGAAUAAGUUCACAAUCAUUCAAAAUUUAUGAGAGCUGGCAGCAGGUGAAGGCAUUUCUGUCCGCUUUGUUUUGAAGAAAAUUUUAUCUGGCUGUCGAACAUGAACAUCACGAACAUUUUAGUGUAAUACGUUUUCAAAUUGCUGACGAUGCUCAACAUACAAGCUGGGUGUCCUUCAUGCAGCACACCCAGCCCACUCUGCACCAAGAUAAGAAAAGCUAAUCUGUAACCAGUCCAAUGAGCUCUCCGGUUUCCACGGUGUUCCCCCACAUUCCACAGGUGGCACUGAGGCAGUCUGAGCUCCAUCUGCCGCUCUUACCUUCCUACCUUUCCACAGCGUCCUCGCACUUAUAGUUUCAAAGUUGUUUUUUUUUUUUAAAUUCUUCUUCAAUUAACAGAAAUACCUAGAUGAGUUUAAAAAAGAACAGCGGUCAAAUGGAGCUGGAGGAAACCAUCAGAAACCCGGGUUUUAAGGACGUGGACGACGGCGGGUCGGCGGCGGACACCUCCAGCUCGGGCACCGGGGAGCGGCGCGACUCCACCGCGGUGAAGCUGGACGCGGCUGCGGAAGAGUACACGCAGCUCAAACCGUACGCCGGCAUGCCCAAGGAGGUGCUGCUGCUGCACUCCUCCCGGGCUCGGUACCGGGUGCCCAGAGAGAUCCUGUUCUGGCUGAUAGUGUGCUGCACCCUGGCGCUGGUGGCGGUCACCAUCACCAUCAUCGCGUUGUCCCCGCCGUGCCUGAGCUGGUGGCACAUCACCCCGGUCUACCAGGUCUACCCCCGGUCCUUCAGGGACUCUGACGGGGAUGGAGUCGGAGACCUUAAAGGAAUUAAGGAGAAGCUGGACCACUUCCUGGACCUGAACAUCAAGGCGGUGUGGAUCAGUCCUUUCUACCGCUCUCCAAUGAAAGACUUCGGCUAUGAUGUGGAGGACUUCAUGGACGUCGACCCGCUCUUCGGAAACAUGCAGGACUUUGAAGAACUUUUGGCUGAAAUGCACAACAAGGGUCUGAAGCUGAUUAUGGACUUCAUUCCCAACCACACCAGUGACCGCCACCGCUGGUUCAACCUGAGUCGGACCAAAGAUCCUCACUACAAGGACUAUUACGUCUGGACAGACUGUGACCCAGCUUCCCCGAAACCUAAUAACUGGGUGAGCAUCUUUGGAAACUCCUCGUGGACUUAUGAUGAGGUCAGAGGGCAGUGCUACCUGCACCAGUUCCUCAAGGAGCAGCCAGACCUGAACCUGAGGAACCCCUAUGUCGUUCAAGAGAUCAUCGAUCUCAUCAGUUUCUGGCUGGAGAAGGGGGUGGACGGCUUCCGGAUGGACGCGGUCAAACACAUGCUGGAAGCAGCACAUCUGAGAGACGAGCCGCAGGUGGAUCCGGACAUGCCGCCGGAAUUAGUAACUACUGAGUGGGACUUGUAUCAUGACUACACCACCAGCCAGGUGGGCUUGCACGACAUGCUGAGAGAGUUCAGAGCAGUGAUGGACGAUUACAGCCGAGAACCUGGCAGAUACAGGUUCAUGGUGACAGAAUCCUAUGACUAUGAAGAGGUAGAUAAGACCAUGAUGUACUACGGAACGCCGCUAGUAAAAGAAAGCGACUUCCCCUUCAACUUUUACCUGCUGGACCUGCCUCAGAACACCAGCGGCUGGUGGGCUAAACAUCUGGUUGACCUCUGGAUGUCCAACAUGCCCAGCGGAAAAUGGCCCAACUGGGUGGUCGGAAACCAUGACAGGCCUAGAAUCGGCUCCAGUGCCGGUCGGAUGUAUGUUCGUGCCAUCAACCUGAUGCUACUGACCCUCCCCGGCACACCGACGACUUACUACGGCGAAGAGAUUGGCAUGGAGAACAUUAAUAUCACACAAAGCCAAGUGCAAGACCCUGCUGGGAAAUACAACGUGAGUCUCAGUCGGGACCCCGAGCGAUCUCCGAUGCAGUGGAAUAGUGAGAAAAACGCGGGUUUCAACACCCAAACCAACAAGACCUGGUUACCUGUGCAUCCCAGUUACGAAACCGUCAACGUGGAGGUCCAGAAGGAAGACGAAGGCUCCGUUCUCUCUCAGUAUCGCUUCUUGAACGGCCUGCGGCAGUCGGAGCUCCCUUUUCUGCGCGGUUGGUUCUGCUACGUCCUCUCCGACACCAACGUCUUCUCUUACCUCAGAGAGCUCGAUGGGCACAAAGAAGCGUACCUCAUGGUGAUUAACUUCGGCAGAGGAUCCAGCACAACGGAUCUCUCUGCUGUUAAGGAGCUGCCCAACGAGCUCCGAGUGCUGAUGAGCACCAACACAGCCAACAACCAGAAAGUAUUCCAGAAAUCCCGCAUCCAGACAGAGGCGGGAGAGGGUUUAGUCAUUCGGUACUCCACCUACACUCGGUUCCAUCCCAGCCAUCCUGCACAGUGCUACGUCUCUGAGAAGGCCUGCUAUUUGGAGACUGUUGGCAUUCUUUACAAAUGCUAACGCAAUUUAGCAUUUACGAAAACUGUACGCUCUCGUAAAUCGAUUUACAGAGGUUGUCCUGAGGUGUCUUGAUUCAGAGGGGAUAAUGGAAUACAAUAAAGCAAACGGUUGUCGAUGAA